AACCUCUCUAUCUUUCUCUCUCUUCCAAAUCCCUAGCCCUUUUUCUGUGUAUAAAUACUUACCAGAAUAGCUCCAUAGCGAAGAAAAGCUAGAGAGAGAGAGAGAGAGAGAGAGAGAGAGAAAGCGAAAGCCAGAGCUAGAGGGCGAGAAAAACCACCAGAAACGCUCAAAGGCCUUCCGAUCUGCGCGACCAAUCUCUCUCUCAGGGUUUUGAUGCUGAACUGUUAUCGAUCUGAGAAGCUCUAGAUCUUUCUUGUACUUUUAUUCAAGCUUUGGAGAGACACAAGCAUGUCUUCGCUUAGCAGAGAACUUGUAUUUCUCAUACUUCAGUUUCUCGACGAAGAGAAAUUCAAAGAAACUGUGCACAAGUUGGAACAAGAGUCCGGGUUUUUCUUCAACAUGAGGUAUUUUGAGGAUAUGGUGACAAAUGGGGAGUGGGAGGAGGUGGAGAAGUACCUCUCUGGCUUCACAAAGGUUGACGAUAAUAGGUACUCGAUGAAGAUCUUCUUCGAGAUUCGCAAGCAGAAGUACCUCGAAGCUUUAGACAAGAGGGAUCGUGCUAAAGCUGUGGAUAUUUUAGUUAAGGACUUGAAAGUGUUCGCGGCAUUUAAUGAAGAACUCUUUAAGGAAAUUACGCAACUAUUGACUUUGGACAACUUCCGAGAUAACGAGCAGCUAUCUAAAUAUGGAGAUACUAAGUCUGCUAGGGGUAUAAUGCUUGCUGAACUGAAAAAGUUGAUAGAGGCUAACCCUCUGUUUCGCGAUAAGCUUCAAUUUCCUCCAUUAAAGAACUCGAGAUUGCGAACGCUAAUUAAUCAGAGUUUAAAUUGGCAGCAUCAACUUUGUAAGAAUCCAAGACCUAACCCUGACAUUAAGACAUUAUUUGUAGACCACAGUUGUGGAACACCGAAUGGCGCACGGGCCCCGUCCCCUGUCACUAACCCCUUAAUGGGUGCUGUCCCUAAGGCAGGGGGUUUCCCGCCACUGAGUGCUCAUGGUCCAUUUCAGCCCACACCAGCUGCUCUUCCGACAUCUCUUGCUGGAUGGAUGGCUAAUCCAUCUCCUGUCCCUCACCCUUCAGCUUCUGCAGGACCCAUAGGUUUGACUGCACCUAACAAUUCAGCCAUCUUGAAGCGCCCUAGAACUCCUCCGACCAAUAACCCAGCUAUGGACUAUCAAACCGCUGAUUCUGAACACGUGCUGAAGAGAUCAAGACCUUUUGGAAUAUCAGAUGAGGUCAAUAAUCUGCCAGUAAAUAUUCUACCCGUUGCAUACACCAGCCAAAGCCAUGGUCAAAGUUCCUACACUGCUGAUGACUUGCCCAAGACUGUUGUUAUGACUCUAAAUCAGGGAUCGUCUGUCAAGAGUAUGGAUUUCCAUCCAGUGCAACAAAUUCUACUUCUUGUUGGAACAAACAUGGGCGACGUCAUGGUAUGGGAUUUAGGUGGCCAUGAAAGGAUUGCACUUAAAAAUUUCAAAGUCUGGGAUCUUGGAACAUGUUCAAUGCCUCUGCAGGCAUCUCUGGCCAAUGAUUAUACAGCAUCAGUCAAUCGUGUGAUUUGGAGCCCUGAUGGAUCCCUUUUUGGUGUUGCAUACUCUAAGCACAUUGUUCACAUUUACUCAUAUCAUGGUGGUGAUGAUAUACAAAACCGCCUAGAGAUUGACGCUCAUGCUGGCAGUGUUAAUGAUCUUGCUUUCUCUUAUCCAAACAAACAACUCUGUUUUGUGACUUGUGGCGAGGACAGAGUCAUCAAGGUAUGGGAUGCAUUCAAUGGGACCGAGCUGUAUACUUUUAAGGGUCAUGAAGCCCCUGUAUAUUCUGUAUGUCCACAUCACAAGGAAAAUAUUCAGUUCAUUUUCUCAACUGCAACCGAUGGAAAAAUAAAGGCUUGGUUGUAUGAUAACAUGGGUUCAAGAGUUGACUAUGAUGCACCUGGCCAUUCAUCUACCACAAUGGCAUACAGUGCCGAUGGAACAAGGUUGUUCUCAUGUGGGACAAAUAAAGAAGGGGAGUCAUUCUUAGUGGAAUGGAAUGAAAGUGAAGGGGCUGUCAAGCGCACAUAUCAUGGUCUUGGGAAGCGAUCUGUGGGGGUUGUGCAAUUUGAUACAACUAAAAGUCGUUUCUUAGCUGCUGGUGAUGAUUUCUCGGUCAAAUUCUGGGACAUGGACAAUGUUGGCUUGUUGGCAACUACUGAAGCGGAGGCUGGUUUACCGGCUUCUCCUUGUAUUAGAUUUAACAAGGAAGGAAUACUGUUAGCAGUCUCAACGAACGAUAAUGGUGUUAAAAUCCUAGCAAAUGCAGAUGGAAUUCGGAUGCUAAGAACAGUGGAGAAUCGCACAUUUGAUGCUUCUAGAGUUGCUUCUGCAGCUGCUGUUAAGGUCUCCACAAUAUCCACUUUUGGAUCUGCAAAUGUAGCUGUUGGAACAAGCAUUGGAGAUCGAACUGCUCCAGUAGCAGCCAUGGUUGGAAUGAGCAACGACAGUCGAAGUUUGGACGUAAAACCCAGAAUUGCUGAUGAGUCUGUCGAUAAAUCCAGGUUGUGUAAACUGACAGAGAUCAAUGAAUCAUCACAAUGCCGCUCCCUAAGGCUCCCUGAUAAUUUAACAGCUAUGAGGGUUUCUAGAUUAAUUUAUACAAAUUCAGGUCUAGCCAUACUGGCCUUGGCAUCGAAUGCUGUACAUAAGCUCUGGAAAUGGCAGAGAAAUGAUCGAAAUCUAAUAGGGAAGGCCACGGCUAGUGUAUUACCACAAUUAUGGCAACCUCCAAGCGGAAUAUUAAUGACAAAUGAUGUAAAUGAUACAAACCCUGAGGAUGCUGUUCCAUGUUUUGCGCUUUCGAAGAAUGACUCUUAUGUCAUGUCAGCUUCGGGGGGGAAGAUUUCCUUAUUCAAUAUGAUGACAUUCAAGACAAUGACAACAUUCAUGCCCCCACCUCCAGCAGCUACAGUUCUUGCAUUUCACCCUCAAGACAAUAAUAUCAUUGCCAUAGGCAUGGAAGACUCUUCUAUUCAAAUCUAUAAUGUUCGGGUUGAUGAGGUUAAGACCAAGCUAAAAGGUCAUCAGAAAAGAAUUACAGGCCUGGCUUUCUCUCACACUCAAAAUGUGCUUGUAUCAUCAGGAGCUGACUCUCAGUUGUGUGUUUGGAGCACAGAUGGAUGGGAGAAGCAGACUUGUAAAUUCUUGCAGAUUCCAAGUGGGCGAGCUGCAGCACCUCCUGCAGAUACUCGUGUUCAAUUUCACCUAGAUCAGAUGCAUUUGCUGGUUGUUCAUGAAACACAGAUAGCUAUAUACGAUGCACCAAAAUUAGAUUGCCUUAAGCAGUGGGUCUCCCUAGAAGCUAGUGGUCCAAUCACACAUGCUACAUAUUCCUGUGAUAGCCAGUCGAUAUACGUGAGCUUUGAAGAUGGAAGUGUGGGUGUUCUUACUGCUUCAACACUAAGAUUGAGAUGCCGAAUAAAUCCGACUGCUUAUCUACCUCCCAAUCCAAGCAUAAGAGUACACCCUCUUGUCAUUGCGGCGCAUCCAUCAGAACCCAAUCAGUUUGCACUAGGCCUUACAGAUGGCGGAGUCCACAUACUCGAGCCGUUAGAGUCAGAAGGAAAAUGGGGCACCUCCCCUCCAACUGAAAAUGGUGCUGGACCUAGCACCACUUCUGGUGCUGCCGGUUCGGAUCAACUCCAGAGAAUACGGCUGAUGUUGGAGGUUGGAUAAACUUCUGUAAUUGCAAAGCUCCCAAAGGGAUAACUACUUAUUGUCGGUAGAUGAUGACAUUCCUGUGUGGUGAGGAGUCUGCUGAUGUGCAGCUUGAGAUAGAUUUGCUGUAGGGAAAUAAGGGCAAAAACGUGUAAGGGCAAUUCACCUUAUCCUCCCUCUACCUAGUUAAGCCUAAUUCACCUCUAUGGCCGAUUUAAACGCAGUUCUUCACUAUGCACAAAACAAAGGCAGCUGGAGUAAGUGUCAAGAUUCAAUCUUCCCAGAUAAACCUAAUUCAACUCACUCAAUUACUCUAAGCUCUUCAUUAUUCACAAACAAAAAGCAGGUAAAGUGUUCAAAUCCAAGCUUCCCUUCUCAUUUCACAAUUUUGUGGCAACCAAAAAGAAAACCAAAGACCCACAGUUAUCAUCAAUAAAGCUACAAACUUUGAAACAUCAUUUGGGUAUACCAAAUAAGUUACAAACUUCAUGAUUAUCAUAAAAAAAAUUCGAAACAAAUGAGUCGACAGCAUCACUAGUCAAUUCUUGAAGCAAGACGAGGAAGAAAUUGAAAAGAACAUGAAGAGAGUGACGAGAGAGAGACAAGAGAGGAGGGAGAGGACCAUCUGUACCACUGCCCACACAAAUGAACCACCAAAUUUCACCUCCUAGCUCUUUCAGUGCCGCCCUCUUUGCCGCCAUUGCAGUCUGAUUGUUCUCCAGCUUCCUCAACACCGUCGACGAGUUGAUCUGCACGAAUGGGACAUGAACUAAGAUAUAAACAACCACCACCGACAAGGGACUUAUCGACUCACUCUCUGGCUCGUGAGCCUGAAUCGGUUCUGGGUCUUGGUUGUGGGUGGGCAAGGCUGGUUUGGUGGUGGGUUUGUGGUUGGGGUUGGCCUUUGGGAGAUUGGGCAACUGGGCGUGGGAGUGAAAGCUCGAUGGUUGAAUAUAGAGACAACCUUCAAAGAGAGACUGAUGUUGGGCACGAAGGAUUGGAGAUAAGCCAAAAGGUUGAGGUGGGUAUUGUGCUGUGACUCCAUGUGAGCUUGGAGUUGUUGAGGGUUCUACGGUUCUCUGUAUGACUGUGGCACUAGGAAACAGUUUGGACGCAGUGGACAAAGGAGAGGUAGAAAAAUUACCUGUCAAGUUUCGUAUCCGCGAUAUAGGAUUGUGUCCUUUAUUUUGCACGUAAGUCGGAGACGUGUUUCCGCGUGUUUUGUUUAAGAACGAGAAAACUACUUUUGAAAACAACUUAAAGUUGCUUCCAUAUUUCGUGUUUU